CUCUGAUUGUCACAAUUUCUUGACCCUCAAAACCAGUUAUGGCAUUUCCGCUACCAAGAAAAGUAUCAGAAACACCUGCACAUAAGCAGCCGUCGUCAAAAGCGAAGUCAAAGAUUGCAAAGAGUAACACUGUUGUUGACCAAGUCAUGACACAGCGUCGAGUGGCAGACGCAAACAAGUCUAAACAUAAACUCCUAAAAAGUCAUUCUUAUUCCGAUAAACAACUCAAUUUGCCAACUUUGAAUAUGGUUGCACCGGUAGGCGUUCAAAAACCGAAGGGAAAAAAGAAGGGAAAGGUUUUCGUGGAUGAUGCCGAGAGUAUGCGCACGAUUCUGGCCAUGGUGAGUGCCGAGAGCGACGGGAAAAUUGAGAGUAAGAUGCAAAAGUUCAGACAGAUGGAAGAGAUCCGAGAAGCUAGGCGUGUCGAGUUAGAGAAGAAGGAACAAGACAAGAAGCAGAAGCUGGACGAGCUCAAGGACGGAUUGAGAAAAGGGUGGAAGAGCAAGAGUAGGGGUAUCGCUGAUAAACUAGCAGAUGAGGGUGAUGAGAAUGUGAACGUUAAGAGGAGUAGUAAAAAGAAGGUUUCAUUUGGUUAAGGAUCGUAUCAUGAGCAAAUUUCAACAAAAGCAGAGCUGAACGUAUUCAACCGUAUGGCAUCCGGUUUGCUACAUGUAUGAUAUUAGUUCAGCGGACGCUCCAUAUUUUACAUUGCAUCUGCUACCUGGGCGUUGCUAUUUAGCCUUUUUCGAAAUUGACGAAAUUCUGCUCUCUCUAAGAGCGUCAAA